CGCGACUGCAUAGUAGUACCCAUCGACUCCACUCGUUUGGUAUUUCUCGCGUUGGCCGUGAAUAAUAUGGCGGAUCUACUAGUACCAAAAGUUAAAAUUAAUAAGUAAAAUACUAUUUAGUAUCUGCGAAAAUAAUAUGGCGUGGAUAACGUGACUACCCAGUGAAAUUUUGUGUUAGGUGCAAUAAUAGGUUCUGCGCGUGAGUGAUCAAACGGAUUUGGAUCUGGGGAUAUCAACGGCCAAUUGGAUAAUGAACCUUUUAUUUCGAUUGAUAGUGAUUUCAAUUAAUUUUCACCCUUAGUGUUCCAAUCGCAUGCAUCAUGGAUUGGAAAUCAUCAUCAUUGAUUGGGCUACUUUCUUUUGCAUAUUUAUUUGCGCAAGCAAUAUGUCAAUUGGCCGAAAACACUCCGCCGUAUAUGUGGAUGGAACGUAACUGGCAAAUACCCGAUAAGGAGCCAAUUGGGAGUAAAAUAGCGCAAGUUCACGGAGAAGAUCACGAAAAUGAUAACUUGACUUAUGGAUUGGAACCGAUUCAGUUUUUUGGGUCUGAUAAACCACCCGAUCCUUUGCCUUUCAGUAUUGACCCACAAACUGGAGCGGUAUAUUUGAAUGAUUCUUUAAAAGAUAAAGGUGGAACAGAUCUACAUCUCUACGUCACCCUCACUGACGGACAGCUUGAUGUCAAAAAUGAAGUCUACGUUAACAUCCUCAACUCUUCAGCUCCCUUCAAUAAAAAACAAUCCCAUAACCGUCCUCCAUUUCCCGGUUCCCCCGGCGCUUUUAGCCCAUUUGCAAACUUUAAUCCUGCAGCGUCUCAAAUACCUCAGAGACCUUCUUCUAAUAUGCCAAGCAAUAUGAAUAAUUUUAAUAAUCCUCCUCCAAAUAUAGCAAAUAAUCCUCCUCCUAUGCCGAAUAGGCCAUAUUUCCAACCAAAACGACCUAGAAAUAAUAAUACCCAUGAAGUUACGCCUUUAAGACCGGUGAAAGUUGAUAGAGUGGAUUCUCCGAAUAAUAGCUUGGAGGAGUCUAAAGAGGAAGAGGAUUCUGACAGAAAAUUAAAAUCUACAACGAAGGAUAUAGAGUCAAGUACGAGCGAAAACGAUUUAAGUCCCUUAGACUAUAGGGUGAAACCUCCCGAAAUAGCUAGCACAGUAGUUUCCAUUAUAUCUAUUUGCGCAGUCUUUUUCAUUGUUGGCGUAAUAGCGCUAAUAUUUAGAAAAAAGAUAUACUUAUUCAGGAAGAAAACGGAUAAAACUGAUGAGAUAAGAAAAGAUCCAUGUGACGGAAUAACAUUACGGGAGCAAGGUAGCAUAGAUAUGCACGAAUGGAGAGGACCCAGAGCUUUCAGCAAUCGAUAUGAACCUUGGCAAAGGGAUGGAAUUCCGACUCAGAAUAGUAACGAAGCGAACCUACCAAUUGACCAAAGUGGUGAUCAUUGGGAGUUUCCAAGAUAUCGACUUAAAUUUUUCAAUAUUCUUGGUGAAGGAGCUUUUGGACAAGUGUGGAAAUGUGAGGCUAUGGACUUAGAAGGUAAAGAUGCGGGUCCAACAAUUGUCGCUGUGAAAACCCUGAAAGAAAACGCUAACGAAAAAGAAAAGAGCGACCUGAUUUCCGAACUUCAAGUAAUGAAAAUGCUCGAACCGCACCCGAACGUAGUUAAAUUACUGGGCUGUUGUACGGAAAAGGAGCCAAUUUUCCUUAUUAUGGAAUACAUUACUCAUGGCAAGCUGCAAAGCUAUUUGAGAAACUCCAGGGCGGAACGCUAUUACAAUAAUAUGCACGGCAAAAGUAAGACUUUGACGUCGCGCGAUUUGACGACGUUUUGUCAUCAGGUUGCAAGAGGAAUGGAUUUUCUUUCGGCUAAUGGGAUAAUCCAUAGGGACUUGGCGGCCCGUAACAUCUUAAUCACAGAGGACCACACAUGCAAGGUCGCCGAUUUCGGGUUUGCACGUGACGUGAUCAGCUCGCACAUUUACGAAAGAAAAAGUGAAGGUCGAUUACCAAUUAGGUGGAUGGCACCCGAAUCCCUCUACGACAAUAUAUUUUCAGUGAAAUCGGACGUUUGGAGUUUCGGGAUAUUAAUUUGGGAAGUUGUCACAUUAGGGAGCACGCCAUAUCCCGGAUUGUCAGCAGCAGAAGUGAUGAGAAAGGUUCGUGAUGGUUAUAGACUGGACAAACCCGACCACUGCCGAAGAGAGAUCUACAAUAUUAUGUAUUAUUGUUGGGAUAAGGAUCCCAACCAAAGGCCUUCGUUUGCAGAGUGUGGGGUCUUAUUAGAAAAACUUAUAAUGACCGAGACUGAUUAUAUUGAAUUAGAACGAUUUCCUGAUCAUUCUUAUUAUAAUAUGAUGAGUUUAAGUGGAGAAAAAUUGUGACAAAUCUGAAUAUUUACAUUGAAAUAAGAAACACUGCCAAAAAUAGAUAUGUUAUUUUUUUAAUGUUCUGAAAUUCGUCAUUGAAAGUUGAAAUUUUGGACGCAUUUUGGGUUGGGAUGGAGAUUCCCUGUUGGAUAAUAAAAAUGUUGCAAAAACACUCAAUAAAUACUCGAAUAGGAUAAUUAUUAACUUAUUUAAAAGCAAAUAUUAUUAUUUUUAUGUGAUUCUCAUUAUAUUACGUAUUUAUAAGAAAAGCUCACUCUCCCAUGGUUGUUCUAAGGAUACUAUAAAGCCUAGAUGGCGUAUUAGUGCUGACGUCACAUGUUCAGAUAGGUUAUGCUAAACUUUAACAAAAUAUCUGAUAAAAACAAUAUUUUUACAUAUAGCCUCACUUUUAUCAUCAGGCCAAAUGUGUUUUCACAGUUUUAUAGCAUUGGCUUUGUUUUAAUAAUAUUAGACAGAAAUGUGAAUUGAAACGGACUGAGAGUUUGUCUAGAUACAGGCUGUUAAUGUAUGACGUUACACUAAUAAAUCGUAUAGGAAGCCAAAGCGCUUUAUUUUGUAUAUAAGUUUAGGAAUAGUCGAAAUAAUUUAAGCUUAUGUUUAUGAUCUAACUAACACGGCGCAUUUAGCGAAACUCAACAUGCCGAGGAAUUAGGCACCAACUUUGUUGAAAAAAGAUUACAAUCAGCCCUUGGCUUUUCAAAACUAGUCUACCUUGUGUAUUUGACUUGUUGGAACAAAGCCGCUGAAGCCAAUCAUUCAACACAUUGGGUUUUGCAAAACGCGCCCUGUCAAGUCAACAUCAAGUAACUAUAAACUUUUCUCGAUUUUGAUGUGAGAAUGUCAUAAUUCCCGCACGCAAAAUCAUUGAAGAAUGAAGCUCAUUCUUCAAUGAUUUUUAGUGACAUUUAGUUUUCAAAGUAUACCUAUUGGUACCUUCAAAAUUGUCAAGCCUUCUAAAAUGAUAGAACCCACCUGUUAGUUGGUUGGUAAGUAAGUGUUACCGACAUAUUUUGCAAAUGAAAAAUCCCCAACUAAUAGCGUGCAUAAAAAAGUUUUAAAAAAUGAAAAAUAAAAUCCAAAAUCGAGAAAAUAGUAUAAAACUCACGUUGCAGAAUGCUAUUCUCGCACUCAUUCGUUCUUCCACUCGCUCCUUCGUCGCUCGUGGCCCAAUUUCGAAUGCGUGCGAGAAUAUGUGGCCUUCUGCCACUUGUGUUUUAAUAUACUAUUAACUGUUUUUUUUUUUUUUUGAAAAUAUUAGGUAUGUAUAAUCAUUUGAAAAUAUUUUUUAUGAAAAAUUACCAAAUCUAUUCCCCGAUAAGAAUAACCAGCCUGCAUACAUUUCAUUCUUCUUGAUUAAAUCUAAACUGAAAUUUGUAGAGAGAUGUUUAUUUUUCUAAUCACACAACUGCUUUGAUUAAAUUAAAUGUAGGAACAAAUAGGUAAUAUUCGCAGAUAUCGGAGUAAUCCAAAGACAGUACCAUGCGCGUUCAUCACCUAACUAAAAAUUCAACUGGUGCACUAUCGUUAGAAACUAUAAAUGGCUGAUGAAGGUGUGCGGUUCUAGGGAUGACAAGUAAUGGUCUAAUGAGAUGUUUAUCCAACACUGACAUAUACCUAUAAUGACACUAUAAUUGCUCUGAUUUCAAAUAAAUAUUGUGGAGUAUAAGUCACUAUAGUGGCUUAUAGGUUAAACCCCACUAGUGAGUUAUAACCCUUAUGACAACCCAUAAUAAGCACUUCCUUACAUUGUUAAAAAGUUUUUUGCUUAUAGUAACAACAAAAAUUUUCAUUAUUUUUUGCAAAAUCGGGGAAAAAACGGCUACAUUGUUUAUUGUUAAAAAACACCAGCAGAAUUAGAGUAUGACGUAUGCUACGCAUACCAAUCAAUAUUUUUUAUAAAUGAAAAUCCGUCUGAAACCAAGGAUCGGCCCUAUCAUCCAAAAAUGGAGAAUUUUAUGACACACUUAAGUUCGCCCUUCGUUGUAAAAUCUGUAAAUUUUCAAUCACAUUUACAUGAAAAAUAUAUUAAAAACUUCCAGGUACCUACUUUUUUGCCAGGCUGUGCAGAACAUACUACAUGUAAAGUAUAUACGAAAUCAAUCUGAAUAGCCUUAAAAACGGUAUUGGCGGCAUCUUCUUUCUUAAGACAAUCGAUAAAAUUCCCAAGAACGAAGAAAAAAAUUAUUAUUCUAAUUUCAUCUACUUCAAUAAGCAAGCCACAUCACUGAUAAUUUAUCAGCCAAUGUGAAUGCUGGCGUCUACAUUGCAGCAGACAUAUUUAAUAUUUUUUUUUUGUAUGCGACUGGAAGUUGUCUAUGGGGUCUAGUCAUCAUAAGAUUGGGUCAUUUUUGUUGAGAUAUAUAGGUAUUAAGAGGACCCGGUAAAUGGACUGUUUUAUGCAGCUGUUCGGAUUGCCUUCGUAUAUACUAUGUUGAUACAGGUUGACACGGUCCAGUACCCUUGGAAGUUGCGCGCAUCUCACUUGGACGAUACUUGGAUCGUAUCAACUCGAGUAUCAACUCCUUAUCCAAGAGCAGUUGGAUAGGUCUUACCAUCCAAGUACCUAAGUAUUUUCCGUCGAUUUUAAUCUGACACUUUCCGUAUGAGGAGCGAGGGGGUGAAGUAUAUGGCCAAAACAAGUGUGACGUCAGGUGACCAUUGGCAUUCUAACGUAAGGAACCACCAGCUCCCAUUAAGGCUGGCUGCCAACUUACUUGGUCCCAGCUGUCAUCCAAGUGCACUUGGACCGUGUCAACCUGACUUAAAGUUCAGCUCAAUCCCUUGAGUGGGUACGUAUUGUCCAAUGCGCAAUAAACUUCACUCGCGGAAUAGACCGAUCUCCUAUUACCUGGGCUGCGCGCGUCGCUUGUAGGCUGAAGGUGAGCGUCCAAUGAGAAGCAAGUUUGUGACAGGCUUGCGUCAUAUUCUAAUUCAGGAGCCAGUUCAGAAUCAAUCGUUCCUUCUUUCUUUGUAACGUGUAAUUUGACAAAGAGCAAACUAAUACUUUACAUAUUACUUGAACUCACCGCAGUUUCGUUUAAGGUUAUGUUAGAUUAUACUUGACAUAUUUCAUUGAGCGAUGUUGCCGGAUGAAACAUUUAUCAAAAUAAAAGUGCAAACGAUAGUCAUCCACUUUAAAGCUCUUCUUUUGUCUGAUUUAAGGCAUUGUAAAACCCUCGACACUAUAUCACUUCUUUAAUGUCAUACUGUUCAAUUUGUAUUGUCUACAUUUGGUUCUGCAACAAUAGAAUCUGGCUACACUGCAGCCUACGAGUUGCGCGCGCAUGUCAUCCUCUAUUGCUUUCUAACUUGUAUUUAUUACAAUUAAACUCACUUUUUCUAAUCAUGCGAGACAGGUCUAUUGCGUCACUUCAGUCCCUUUGGUACAUAAUAUACUAAAUAUUCCGUUUUUUUUUUUUUUUUUAAAUCGAAACUCAAUUAGGUAUAUGAAAGCGUUGGAUAGAACAUUGCGAAAAUCAGGACAAAAGUUUUCCAGCGUGUCUUAUGUAACAUAGCUUACGUAAUACAUAUUAUAUUAACUUAAUCAAACAAAUAAGAUAAAUACUUAAUACGAAAAGAAAUAACAACAAGUUCAAUUGCCCACCUAUUGCAGUCCAAGCUUGUACCUGUACCGCUCAUUUACAUUUCGGUUCCCCAGUGUCAAUCCCAAUGGGACCAACGGGAAACUAAAUAUCCUGAAAAAUACUGCUAUAUGCAGUAUUUAUUUUUUUUUUGACAGAAAUCCUAACCGUAUUCUGUAACUUAUCUCUGUCAUACUUGUUACAGUGAAUUAAUUAGAUAGAGAACGAUAGAUGCAACAGAUUUGCCUCACGUUUCGAACAGAGUGGCAUAGAAUAGAGUUCACUGAGCUAUCGUGCAAUAAAAAUAACGUUUAUGUAAAUAGAAUUAUUUUGUUAUUUUUUUUUAUUUAUAGCAUUAUAAUAAAUCCAAUACGAAAGACCUAAGUAGUUUUUAUUAUACGUCCCUGCUUGACCAAUUUAGGCUCAUCCAACAUUUUCUUUUUUUUUUUCAUCAUCUGAAUGGUCUGGCCUUACAUUCUGAAGACCCUAUGCAAAGCGCAGAACUCUCUGAUAUUUUGUGGCAUAAUAGAGUCAAGGGUAUUUUGUUCUCAUCAGGUAAUUAUUCCGUUUCAACUCUUAAAAACUCGCGGUUGGUGACUCCUCCUCCUCCUACAUGAUGGUAACAAAAUCUGGAUUGAAAGUGACUGGCGUAGAGAAAGAUAAGAUUGAGAGAGUGCUUUAUUUCAUGUAAAUGGCACUAUCAUGGCACUAUGAUGUAGGUCACACGAUUGACAUUAACUCGUAGAAAAUUGAUUUAUAUUUUUGAUUUAGAGCGCUCACUUCUGUUGUAGUCGCCAAGUGACAUUUCCGACGGUGCUGCCAUACCAGUGUAGUCAUUGAACUAAUAUUUGGCAGGCCGUUUGAAUCUCAGAUUUAAACUUUUUAAAUGUUUUUUUUCAAAGUAAAGCAGUGCUCCGAAACUUCAUAAACUAAAAUGACUACCAUUUUAUUCAUUUUAUUUCCAUAUAUUUAUUUAUGUGAUUAUUCCACUCAUGUGUUAG